GCAAGAGAGUAGAAAGGAAACUUGACUUAAGUCUGGAAGCAGGUAUUGAACAGAACACCGUGGAUCAAAGCUGAAUCUUCUUCUUCUGGCCUAAGGGGUACAGCAUGUCCGAAAUGCUUGACGACAUUUUUACAAAGAACUUUCUGAAUCCGGCAGUGGAAGACUCUGUGCUGCCGCAGCAGACUCAACCCAAAGCACCAGGCCACAGUCGGCUGAACCGGUCUGCCUCCUUCUUCUCCCCGCCCUCCCCUCCUGCCACCUCAGACCUCAGUUUGAGCACAGAGCAUGUUAACAAUGCUGACAACGGCGGCUCUUUCUGGCCCACCAACAUCUGGAGCCAGGGCCCGGUUUCCAGACCAAAGCAGCAGCCCCCCUUUAGGCCUGACCGCUCCAUGAGCCUAACCGAGUCCAGCAGCAGCCUGCUCGCCUCCUUUGGACAACUGAAGAACCUGGAGGCUUUUAAUUCAGGCCCUGCUACUACUACGGUGGCUCCACCGCCUGGUUUCCCUCCCUCAUCUGUCCUCCCUCCCUUGAUUCCCCAGAUGGUUUCCCCUAAUCGUUACAAGACUGAGCUGUGUCGCGGCUUCCAAGAGACUGGCAGCUGCAAAUAUGGCAGUAAAUGCCAGUUUGCCCAUGGUGAGCCUGAGCUGCGAGGACUCUACCGCCACCCUAAAUACAAGACAGAGCCCUGCAGAACCUUCUACAACUUUGGCUACUGCCCCUACGGCUCCCGCUGCCACUUUAUCCAUGAGGGGUCCAUCAGCGGUGGUCCAUUACAAUCUGCCAAAUACCAGAACCAGCAGCAGCCCACUGGAACCCGCCACCAGCUGCGUCAGAGUGUGAGCUUUGCCGGUUUCCUGGGUUCUUCACGCAACUCACCUCCUCCAUCAUUCCCCUCGUCCUUCAAUGAUCCCAACCUCGGGUUCAGCCGUGCUCCCUCUGUUUCUCCACCUCCUGCUGAUCUGCUCUCCCCUGUGUUUGGGGACUCCCUGCAGCGGGAUGCCGCAGCAUUCCACUAUGGCAAGCAUCCAACCCGGGCCAGCACCGGAGACAUCCACAACAUUCCCCAUAUCCUUGAGCCAAAGGCCUCACGCUGCGUGUGCGGCCAUGGGAAUAACUUUAACAGCAACAACAGCAAAGUCUUUGCCAACAUGGAGGACGGGCACCUCCACCAAGAGAGCAGCGGCAAGAUGUUUCCUGGUCCCGGAGGGUUUGUGAAGCCGGCUGGACUCCAGCGCUUCUCAUCUGAGGAUUCCCUGGAGGACAGCUACAGCAGCAGCAGCAGCGGAGGCUCCAGUGGAAGCGAGUCUCCAACAUUCGAUGGAUCUGCCACCAAGAGGCUCACUGUGUUCGAGCGCCUGUCCCUGUCCGACUAAACGGAACCAAAGGGAAAAACAACAGAAGAGAACUGGCACUCUGUGAAGCGUGUCUGUUUCUCUGGACUUUCUACAGAAACAGAACUGAUCAGGACAAGUCCAAUUUUGACGACACAAUAACACUUAAAGUUCUUAAUUUAUCUUUGUAAAAAAUGGACCUCACCUUGGAAAAACUACACAUACUGAGAUGAUUUUAGUAUCUAAUCCUUAUCAGACUCUAUUUUUAUACGUAAUAAUAUGUAGCUUAUAAGACCUUUGUAUGUGGUCUUCCAGUAAAAAAUAACUUCUCUGCAGAUCUUGCCACUACCAGUAAAAAGCCUGGUUUGUACUUAAAUCUGUAGUGAUCAAAAUGGCUUUAUCUUUAGUGAAAUGAUUAAUUCAUGUGCCUUUAAAUAUUCUCUGUGCCUGAUGGGAUAUUUACUCUUGGUGCUACGGACAGUAUGUUUGAUUCAGUAGCCUUACACAGUGAGACCUGAUAUGUGUCAUUGAUGCCAUUAUAUCUGUGAUAUGCACUUUACAGCUAAUUGAAAAGGGAGAAACUGUUAAAUCUCCCAGUAGCAUUCAAACCAAAGCUUCAUACUUCACUCUGCUCUGCGUGUGUGUGUGUGUGUGUGUACGUGUGUGCACAUGUGUGUGCACGUGUGUGCAUGUGAGUCUGUAUGUUUGGGCAUAAAUGUCAUCUUUCAAAGACCUGGGGUGCAGGUAUGUAUGUGUUAGCUGCAGAAUGCUGAAAGAUCAAAGUGUGCUUCAUAAGUUUUAGUUUCGUUAAAAGAUUCUGUUAUCAUGGCUACUUCAUAAUUUGCACCCCAUCUUUUAUCGUCCCCUAUUCGUUUGACAACCUGGUUCAGGGACUUUUAUCACCGCAGUAUUCCUUUCGGUUAUUGGUUGCCUUGUGAUGUUUAACUUAAACUAAUAUAUUUAUUAUGAUAUUUAUUUGUGUUUAAAGGAAAAAAACAAAAUGUAUUUUGUACUUUAUUUAUGGAGGAAUAUUUCAACAUCUGUGAAAUAUCAAUGUGAGGAAAACAAAAAGCAGUAAAAAAAAAGAGAAUCUUAUAUUUUUAAUUGCCUGCAAGGGACAAAAUAAAUUUCUGAAUAAAGAAAUGAAUGUA